CAAUGGCGUCUAUAGGACCUCAACUCCCUCCUCACCUCCAAAAGCGCAAGCGCGCGUCCGAAGACGAGGCCGAAGUAGGAUCGCCUCCAGCGAAAUCCUCCCGUCGCGAAAACGAAGACGAGAUUCCAUUGGAAGAAGACGACUCGGACGACGACUUUGGGCCAGCUGCUGCGCCGCGAUCCGAAAGCAAUCGCGACAGAGUCAUGGGCCCCUCGCUACCGUCAACAGCAGGAAACAGCAUCACCCCCGCGCCGGGAACCCAAAAACCGUCAAUUGGCCCCUCACUCCCACCAUCUACAAAGCCAACCAACGACGACGAGAUUCCCCUAACCUCAGACGGCGAGGAAGACGGCACAGCAGGCCCAGCUCCUCCCACAAACCCCGCCCCAUCGCCCCCUGCACCAAAGCGCGUACUAGGCCCAGCGCCGCCACCAGCCGACCUCUCCGAGAGGCCCACAACCGGUCCCAACUCCGAUUCCUCAUCCUCCUCCGACGACGAUGACGACGGUUGGGGCCCAGCCCUCCCCACCGCCGUCCCCGCCGGGACCAGAAACCUCAACCCAACAACAAUAACAACAACAACCUCCUUCCCCCCCGAAUCCCAACAAGAACCGUCAGCGCCCAAACGCGACGACUGGAUGCUCGCCCCGCCGAGCAGCACGGGGGCGUACCGGGCACCAGACCCGACAAAGCUCAAAGCGCGCAAAUUCGCAAGCGGGCCGCGCGCGGCGACCACAGCCGAUGGGAAGCCGGGAGGAGGAGGAGGAGGAGGCGGGAUGGGUUCUCUCUGGACCGAAACGCCCGAGCAAAAAGCCCGCCGGCUGGCCAACGCCGUGCUGGGAAGGGAAGACCCUUCCACCGCCGGCUCGCAACAACCUUCGCAACGGCCGUCACGUCCAGAGAAACCAGGCGAUGGCAGCGGGAGUGAUAGUACGAGGGCAGACGAGGCGCGGAUCAAAUCCUAUACAGAGCAGACGCGUGGGCGGAGCCUGGUGGAGGAACACCAGGCUGCGAGGUUGGCUGGGAAGGCGACGGGUAAAGGGGGUAGUAGUAGUAGUAGUAGCGGCAAGGGCAAAGGCGACGAGGAGGAGGAUGAUCCGAGCAAGCGGGCGUUCGAUUGGGAGAAGGAUAUGAAGGUUGGGGGAAGGAUAAGCAACUCGCAGCGGAGGGAUCUGCUGAACCGGGCAGCGAAUUUCGGGAAUAGGUUUCAGACAGGGAGAUAUCUGUGACCACGCUGCGACGAACGCCUAUAGUCAUAAUGCUCCUUGGGGAAAGAGUAGCCAGUCUUGGUUGGACAUGG